GGCAGGGAGCUUCCAGAGCUACAGCAGAAUUUGGCCUCUCACUGGAGCGCCGCGCUUUGGCAGAGGGGACGACUCACACACACGCUUACAGUACACACACUUCACGAGGGCCAGAAGUGAUCCCCAGCUACAACAGCAGUGCCAUGUCUGAGGUGGUGUUGCCUGACACGAUGGUGUCUCCUGCGGUGGGUGCUCUGUACGGGGAGAAGGCCGGGGGUCCCGUGGUGGACUUCAGUUACGUUGGCAUUGACGCCAUUCUGGAGCAGAUGAGGAGGAAGGCCAUGAAGCAGGGAUUUGAGCUCAACAUCAUGGUUGUGGGACAGAGCGGCCUGGGAAAGUCUACUCUGAUGAACACCCUGUUCAAGUCUAAAGUCAGCCGUAAGUCAGUGCUGGCCACGGCCCAGGAGAAGAUCCCCAAAACAAUCGAAAUAAAGUCCAUCAGUCACGACAUCGAGGAGAAGGGAGUGAGAAUGAAGCUGACGGUCAUCGACACACCAGGAUUUGGAGACCAGAUCAACAACGAGAACUGCUGGCAGCCCAUCAUGAAAUUCAUCAACGACCAGUACGAGGCGUACCUGCAGGAGGAGAUCAACAUCGACAGAAAGAAAAGGAUCCCUGACUCCAGAGUCCACUGCUGCAUAUACUUCAUCCCCCCCACCGGACACUGUCUGCGGCCUCUUGAUGUAGAGUUCAUGAGACGUCUCAGUAAGGUGGUCAACAUCGUACCAGUCAUUGCCAAAGCAGAUACUCUCACCUUGGAGGAGAGGGACUUCUUCAAAAAGAAGAUCAGGGAAGAGCUGCGAGCCAACGGGAUCGACGUUUACCCUCAGAAAGAGUUUGACGAGGACGCAGAGGACAGAAUGAUCAACGAGAAGAUCAGGGAGAUGAUUCCUUUUGCUGUGGUGGGCAGCGACCAGGAGUACCAGGUGAACGGCAGGAGGCUGCUGGGGAGGAAAACCAAGUGGGGGACAAUUGAAGUUGAGAACAUCGCUCACUGUGAGUUUGCUUAUUUACGGGAUCUCCUCAUCAGGACCCAUAUGCAGAACAUUAAGGACAUCACCAGCAGCAUCCACUAUGAAAUGUAUCGCGUGAGGCGCCUCAAUGAGAACAACACGGCGGUGUCUCAUGCCAACGGUCUCCCAGAACACCAUCUCUCCGCCCACGAGAUGUAAACGCCACCUGCACGCACGCACGCGGGCGCCCUCACCUGUGUGUCAAUGAGACUCCGUUUUUAACCGACAGUCUUCCCUCCACUCCAUCCAUCUCCAUCGCACAGGUGGGACAGAAACUUAGGAGACUUUAUAUUUCACUGACUUUGUGCAGCCGCAUGGACUCUUCCCCGUCCGUGUACCGGCUCAUGAACAAACACUUUCCUCUCACUGCCGCCGACAAAGACGUGAAGUGAAGUCAUCGUGAUGUGCCGCAGCUUGAUUUUAUCGCCUUCGUCAUCCGGCUUUUGUGGUUUUUUUAACUUGUGGUGCCAAACAUUAAGCAUCUGCCAAACACAACGGACGGACGCUUUCAAAUCUUUCAGUGUCAGAAGUGCCUUAAUUAUCUUGUUACCCUCGUCCACUUUUACUUUAUUCAACUUUGAUGUUUUUAAGCAGUGCCUUUCAGAAUUGAUGCAUUAACAAAAGCACAUUUUUCUAUGGAAGCCUUCAGCCAUCAUGCAUCCAUACAUUUUAUUUACUCCGUUUUUCCUUGGACACAGAGUAAUGUUGUUUUUCUCGAAGCCUUGUAAUCUCCAGAUAACAACAUGAAUCUUCCAGGAUAACAAAGCUGGGUUAGUCAUGGUAACAGAAUCUUUUUCUGGAGGUCUAGAAAACAAAAAAAUAAUCUGGUCACUGUGAAAGGCCGGAUUGUUGUCUGCAAAUAUGAGAUAAAUAAGACAAAUCUGGAGUAAACACUCUAAUCAUUUGAAUUUAAGGAGUAAAUAAAAAGUACUGAUGCAUGUCUGCUAAGGGCUUCACUGUUUUCUAUCUUUGUAUGAACAUACGUGGGAAGUGAUGAUACUCGGUGUUGCUCUCGAUCACUGUCGACGUCUGUCUUUUGAAAACAUGUUGGAACGGGGCCGAGCAGCGCUCUGCGGUCUGUUUAUGUGACGCAGCAUUAUUCAGAGCUUUCCUCAACUUUGAACCAAAGAAAGGUCAUCAAAUCCCACGUACCAUGUUUCCGCUCAUAUGUUUCACAUGUUGUGUUUUCAUUUAAAUGUAGAUAUCAUGUUCAAUAUGGAUUUCUUUUUUAAAUUCUUAGUAAUAAAUGUCUUCUUUUUUUUUAUUGAUAGGAAUAUCUACAGAGUGAUUUAAGACGAAUAAGUAUUUAUGCACGAUAUCAAAUGUGAACGUUUGUCAUCUGUUUUGGUCCACUUAUUCACUUUCUAUCACACACACACACACUCAUGUGUUUCCUGCCCUGUCGCCCGUCUUAGUGCCUUAUUUAUUGGAGAAUGUUUGCGAGCAUGUUGGCUGAAACUGGACAGAGAAGCAGGUUUGUUUGUUGGUGCCAAAUAGACAACAUUUAGACAUUAUUUUUUAACCCCUCUCUCCCCUUCACCCCCCAUAAUCUACCAAUGAUCGAUCUCAGUUUGAACCAUAUAUAAUGUUUUUAUCUGUCAUGCUCUGUCCUGUAUAUGCGUCUGUGUUCUGCAAACAUUUUUGUACUUGUAUUAUUGAUAAUAACAAAGUUUCCUGUAUAUUAUUUUAAAGAAAUAAAGAUUCAAGUUGUAAAAAUA